AUGACUUCAAUUGAGAUCGAAGCUGCAGAUGUCGUCCGUCUUAUUGAACAGUACUUGAAGGAGAACAACCUUAUGCGCACCCUUGCUGUCUUGCAGGAGGAAACUAAUAUAACAUUGAAUACUGUGGACAGUAUCGAUUCGUUUUCUCAUGAAAUCACUAACGGCCAUUGGGACACCGUGCUUAAAAUCAUACAACCGUUGAAAUUACCGGCAAAGAAAUUGAUCGACUUAUAUGAAUUGAUGGUUAUUGAGCUAGUUGAGCUUCGUGAGUUGGCUACUGCUCGUCUCAUUGCUCGACAAACGGAUCCGAUGCAUCUUUUGAAACAGAUGGAUCCCGAAAGAUAUGCGAGGCUUGAUAAUCUCAUUAACCGACCAUAUUUUGACCCAGGCGAAGUUUUCGGUGACGUCAGCAAGGAGAAGCGCCGUCAAGCGAUUGCUAAUUCGUUGGCAAGCGAAGUUAAUGUUGUCCCUCCAUCAAGACUUUUGGCUCUGUUACAGCAGUCGUUAAAAUGGCAACUUCAUCAAGGUCUUUUACCUCCAGGGACUCAAAUCGAUUUAUUCCGUGGUAAGGCUGCUAUGAGGGAGCAAGAAGAUGAACGAUAUCCUACACAGCUGGCCAGGCACAUCAAAUUUGGAGCAACUAGUUAUCCGCUCUCAACGGUUUUCUCACCGGACGGUCAGUUUCUUGUUUCUGGUUCUAAGGAUGGUUUUAUCGAAGUGUGGAAUUUCAUGAAUGGGAAGCUGCGUAAAGACCUGAAGUACCAGGCUCAAGAUAAUCUAAUGAUGAUGGACGACGGAGUAACAGCUCUUUCGUUUUCACGUGACUCAGAAAUGAUUGUUUCUGGCAGUUUGGAUGGACGAAUAAAAGUAUGGCGAAUACAGACAGGUGAUUGCCUUCGGCGCUUUGAAAAAGCGCAUGCAGCUGCGAUUAAUGCUGUGCGCUUCAGUAAAGACAAUUCGCACGUACUCUCAUGCAGUAAUGAUCACAUGAUAAAAGUUCAUGGACUCAAAAGUGGAAAAUGCUUGAAAGAACUUCGAGGUCACACAUCUUUCGUUACUGACGUACGAUAUCUGGAGGAAACGAAUCAAGCGGUAUCUUGUUCUGCUGACGGAACACUUCGUGUGUGGAAUCUUAAAACGGCAGAAUGUUCCACAACUUUUCGCAUUGCCGGAGAUGUACCUGUCAACUCAGUUACUCCUAUUCCAAAAACUGAUCAAAUCAUCGUCUGUAAUCGUUCAAAUACGCUCUAUAUAGUCAACCCUCAAGGGCAGGUCGUACGAUCUAUGACGUCAGGUAAACGUGGGGCUGAAGGUGAAUUUAUUGCUUGCACUGUAUCACCUCGUGGAGAGUGGACGUAUGCUGUAGCUGAAGAUGGUGUUCUAUACUGUUUCCCGUUACUAACUGGAGUUCUAGAGAAUACUCUUCCGGUAACCGUACUUGGCCUCGCACAUCAUCCGAAUCAGAAUUUGAUAGCGACUAUCUCAGAAGACACAUUGUUGAAGUUGUGGAAAGAUUGA